AUGAUUUUCGAUGCGGACAUCAAACAAAGUGCGGUGAUAGAUGGGAAGGGGAUAUAUUUGGUGGAUGAGAAGGAUCAAACCUUCAUUUUCUUGCCUGAUGGAAGUAUAUGGCCUUUGAAUAUAGAUUCCAAGCCGGGAUGUAGAAAAGAUUGGUGUUUCAUUGGACAAGAGGUAUAUUGUCGUGGUACUCAAGGAAGAAUAUUGUGGUGUGACCCAGUUAAGUUGGAUUGGAAGGAAGUGAAAGGUUUGGAAGAGCUUCAAGAAUAUCUCAUUGGCUGGAGAAACCGGUGCGGGUUGUCCAAGAUCAAGGUCAUGUAUCCUAUCUGCAAACUUUGUUGCAACUCUGCUGCUGGGAACAUUGUCAUCUUCUGGAACUCGCAGAAUAAAGAUGCUGAGAGUUUGGACUUUGGUCUGCCGAGAUUUCUGUGGAGAGACGUAAGGGAAACGAGAUUUGGGGAAAGAUUGAGUGGUACGGUCCUGUCUUCUGUGUAUGCAUGA